AUGGACGUCGUCCUCGAAUUCGCCGACACCUAUGUCUUCGAUCGGAUCUACGCCAACCUCCUCCCUCUUCACACCUCGUCCGCUUCCUUCGACCCCAUCUCCACCAUCACCGCCUCCUUCAAGAACGAGACCCUCCCGAUUCGAUCGACGUGGCAAUGGGAGCCGGCGAGCCAAUUCAUGAGCGCUGAGCCGAGUGAAUAUGCAUACCUCAGCCAGUGGGAUCGGGACAACGUCCUCCGACAGUCCAUCACCUUGUUUUUCGUCACAAUGGUCUCCGCGAACCUCCUCUACUUCGUCUUCGCGACGCUCAGCUAUCUCCUCGUCUUCGACCACGCAACCUUCAAACACCCCAAAUACCUCAAAAACCAGAUGCGCCUCGAGAUCACCCAGGCCGUCACCUCCAUCCCCGCCAUCACCCUCCUCACCGUCCCCUUCUUCGUCGCCGAGGUCCGUGGCCACUCCUACAUGUACGACACCCUCGCCGACGUCGGCUACGAAUCCUCCGUCCUCUCCUACUUCGGAAACUGGUACACCUACCUCCAGUUCCCGCUCUUCCUGAUGUUCACCGACUUCGGCAUCUACUGGAUCCACCGCGGCCUGCACCACCCGAUCAUCUAUCGCCACCUGCACAAGCCGCACCACAAGUGGAUCAUGCCGACGCCCUACGCCAGCAUCGCCUUCCACCCGCUCGACGGCUACGCCCAGAGCGUGCCCUACCACGUCUUCCCCUUCCUCAUGCCGCUGAACAAGUUCGCCUACCUCGCCCUCUUCACCUUCAUCCAGAUCUGGACCGUCAUGAUCCACGACGGCGAGUACGUCGCCGACUCGCCCAUCAUCAACGGCGCCGCCUGCCACACCAUGCACCACCUGUACUUCAACUACAACUACGGCCAGUUCACCACCCUGUGGGACCGCCUCGGCGGCUCCUACCGCCGCCCGAACCCGGAGCUCUUCCGCAAGGAGCAGAAGAUGUCCCCCGCCGAGUGGCAGCGCCAGACCCAGGAGAUGGAGCGCAUGGUCGUCGAGGUCGAGGGCGCCGACGACCGGAGCUACGCGCCCGAGGAGGCGAAGAAGACGCAGUGAUCGUCCUCCCCCACCAUUCCAUUCCCCCUCGGAAGAAAUGAAUUCAAAAAAUUCCACGAUGGUUUUUUAGGCGCCGUUUUUUUUUUCUCUUUCUUUGGCUUAAUAUCCUCGAUUUCCCCGCUCGCGCCAUGUCUUCGCGACGGUCGUUUCUACCAACAGGGGGUUCCUUUGCUUUUCUCUCUCUCAUCGGGCGCAAUCUCCUUCCACUUUUGGAUUUUGUUCCCUCCCUCCUCUAUACUAGAUCAUAUUAUAGGAUAUCGAGAAUGGAACAUGGCUAUUUCUGCCUCGGUUUCCCCUUUCUCUCUGUC